AUGACAUCACGUCUGGUAAAGCUGGAGGGUAUUCCCAAGAAUGAAGAACAUGGCGACGCCAACACCAACGAAGAGGAAGAUCUUGAUGAGAUCGAAACAGAGCCGAAGGUGCGGGAAUGCAAUUGGGAGCAGUUCAAGAAUCGCUAUUCUGACGAAGAAUGCACUUACGCGGUGGAAGCGCUCCUAUCUGGAGUUGACCUUGAUGGAGAGAUGGAAGCAGAACAACUCAGGCGCUUGCCCGACAAAGAGAGAAUCAAGUUCGUCGAGGCCAAUCGUACCAGGCCUGCUCCUCGAUCUGAUGCUAGCAAAGUCGUGGACAAAAGGCGCGUCGAGCGUGUUCGCAUCAACUCGCCAGCCGUUUUAUCCCUUCUCAGGAAGGUCACUGGUGAGACUACUUGGUCUGAUAAGCCUCACACCUUCCUGAGGCCUUUCGAGAUCCUUAUUCACUUCCACGACAAGAUGGAAGAAGAAUUUCCAAAGGAGGAACCAGACUCCGCAGACCUGAACACAAUCGACCGCAAAGGGCAUAAUGAGAUCAAAGCCUACUUGGAAUUCGUCAAGGCAAGGCUUCUCCCACCCUAUCACAAGUUUGACGAGCUCAACCACACCCACCGGGCCAAGGUCGAAUAUGCUGACCUUUGGUCUCUCUUCCGACUGGGAGAACUUAUUUUUCAACAAGACGAUUCCAAGACGGACUCUGCCAGCAAAGGUACCAAUAAUCGUCGUCCAACCGGCGGACACCCAGAAGCACGGCGCCUAUGGAGGGUCUACUGGAUUGGCUCGGACGACAUUGACUGGACCGUCGAUAAUCUUGAUCAGGCUGAUGGUGACCUCCGACGUAACACCAUGGAGACCCCGGAUGCUGUAGGUGUGUGGGCGUAUUACAUCGACUUUGAUGGAACCUCAUACAGAGCUGUGGCCCGUGGCUGGACCAUCACCAGGUUCGAUGAUGAGAAGGAAGUCACAAAACUGGAGGUUUAUCCAGUCCGGUUUGAGAAAGACUACAAGAGCACGAUCCAGGAGCUCCAAACGAGAGGACAGCGUUUCCGAGAUUUGCUACAACAGUCACACCCGGCUGUGGAACAUGACGGCUGGACUUUAACUCACGAUCCAUCGGGUAAUAGUCUUUCGCAUGACGAGAAGUCAGAAUAUAUCGACAGCGAUACGAUUAUAGACUUCCAGGAAGCUUAUCAAAUGCGCCCAUUAUGGAAACCGGGUUUCUUGAAAGGUGGCAUGAACGUGUUCGAGCCCGAUACUGAGUACGACGACUUUGCAAUCAUCCAAUGGUCUGGAGCAGAUCGCUCUAAAGUCAUUCGGAAAACGAAAGAGAUUGUUGUCGAUUAUGACGAUGUCAUGUCAUUGGAUUGGAACAAGUUCCUCGAAAAAGAUGAUUUCGUCGUUGACCCGGAAGUAAGGCCAAUCGAGACCGACCCCGCCAAGCAAAAAUUCACGCCUGAAGACCUUGCACUUCUCCCUGCAAGAUUGUUUGUGUACUCUCUACGUCAGCGGCGGUUUGUUAAUGCGAACAUUGCAAAUCUAAAGCCGCUUCCUGUAGUAUCUGAUCCUUUCAACGAGCUCAAGAUAACCGAUUCAGACAAGAGCUUGAUCAGAUCUAUAGUUCGCGAUCAUUUUGAUAAGAAGGACAUCCAGCGAACUCUCCAAAACAAGGGUACAGAGCCUGUGGAACAAGACUUCAUACGGGGUAAAGGGAAAGGACUCGUCAUUCUCCUUCAUGGUGCCCCUGGAGUCGGCAAGACUGCCACUGCUGAAGCUGUUGCGUAUGCACAUCGCAAGCCUCUAUUUCCAAUCACUUGCGGUGACCUAGGAAUUGACCCUAUCAAGGUGGAAUCGACGCUAUCUGAGAUCUUUCGCUUGGCUAAUCUAUGGGAUUGUGUACUUCUCCUUGAUGAGGCGGAGAUCUUUUUGUCCCAUCGAGAGAAGAAAGAUGAUAACCUCCAGAGAAACGCCCUAGUAUCAAUUUUCCUUCGGACUCUAGAGUAUUACCCUGGCAUAUUAUUUCUCACAACUAAUCGUGUGGGAGUUUUGGAUGAGGCACUCAACUCACGCGUCCACGUUAGCCUUCACUUCAAACAUCUGGAUGCACCUCAGACCUUGGCUCUUUUUCAAAUGAACCUCAAGCGAUCCACGCUGAUUGCAAAACAACGCGCUGCAAACACAGACCAGCCAGAGUUGAUAAUCAAAGGAGACGAGAUCACGGAAUUUGCGAUGCAGAAGUUUCACCAGCGUACAGAUCCCUCAGCUCCCUGGUGGAAUGGACGUCAGAUCCGCAACGCUUUCCAGGUCGCCACCUCUCUAGCCUACACAGAUAAGAGAAGUGAGGAUGCCGGGUGGAUUAGAUAUCUAGGCCGUGAACACUUCGAGCAUGUGCUGAAAGCAAUUGAAAACUACGAUAGGUACCGGCAAGAACUAUUUCACAAGACAGACAGCGAGAUAGCAGAACACCGCGAAGAGCGAUCUAGUCGAGGGUUUAGUGAUAACACUAUGAGCACACAGAAUCGACCAGGCGGGGAUCGCCAUCAACGCCGCUCAUUUGGACGUCAAUCGUCAUCUUUUUCUGCUGCUUCUUUGAGCAAUAGGAGUACUCCCGAGAGGCAGUUAGAUCCUGAGCCUCAGGGUCAUGACUUGCGUGGCGCUGCGACUCCGACUCGCUUUAUGAACAGAGCGUCUUUAAGUCCUGGCUACGUUAGAUAUGAAGGAGGAAGUUCAGAGCGGCCGUUGUAUCGACGAGACUACGAUGAGCGUGAUCCUAACAACCUUGCGUACCCUUGA